AUGGGAAAUGGCUUGAUGUGGGAGUUCCGAGUUUACGAAACCUUUCGUCUAUUGAUCGGCGUCGACGGUGCCUUUGGUUUUUCGUUCAACUCCGCUGUCUUCUCUUCUCUGUCGGCGCAUCAAUACUCAGUUUUGACCGUUGCGGCGGAUUAUGCGUCUAAUGCGAAUUGGACGGCCAAUGAGAGCUCCGUUUCACCACUCGAGAGGGGCCGCAUAGCGAAAAUACAGCAAGGCUAUGCUUAUUACCAGAGAUUGGAAAGAGACAUGUGCGUCAGUGAAUAUGGAAAGCAAUAUCUCACGUCUCGACGCAAUGUCAUUCUUGUCGCAACGGAGACUGAUGCAGACUCUAAAAUGAUCCUGGAUUAUCAAUAUGUCACGCCAAAAUGGGACCCCUGGAAUAUGAAAGAUUCUUUCAACUGGAUUUGCGGUAAUGUCGAUGCACCUCAUUGUGAUAUCAACGCUGUGCUGGGUUCAUCAAACUGGACAGUGGCUGGAAAUACACCUGUGGAUUACUGUCUGGGCGAGGUUGUGCCAGAACAAUGUCGGAUCUACUUUAGCUCUGCUGUGAUGAUUGGAGUCAUCAUUGCAAACUUCGCCAAGUUCAUAUCUUUAUGGGUUGCGGCGUUGAAGUAUACCAAACCGACGUUAGUCACUAUGGGCGAUGCCAUCACAUCCUUUUUGAAAUCCCCUGAUCCCUGGACGCUGGGAAUGUGCUUUGUUCAGAAGGAAGAUCUAAGAGCUUCCUCUGAGCCCCACGCAUUACAGUCCCCACGUGCGUGGGCUCCAAAGAAGCGUUUUUGGUUUCAGACAGUCGGUGGUUUGUAUCUGCUGCUGUUCGCUUUGUUCGCGGUUGGCAGCAUCACUAGCUGUGCCGUUCUGCUCUGGCGGGCAGUUCACGAGCUGGACAAGCGAGGAUCUCCAACGGACAUAACCUCCCUGUGGAAGAUGGGUUUCGGGACGGUCAACGCCUUCUCACUCAUCGCUCCGGAGGUCGACUAUGGAAAGCUACCCUUUGCUUUCAAAUCGACGAUCGGAGCCAUUGUUCUUGUCAACAUGCCCCAGCUUAUUUUGUCACUGUCCUAUUUGGUGAUCAACAGAAACAUGACCGCCAUGCUCACUGCUAGGGAACUGAGUACUUUUGCCUCCAAGAGAAAACCGCUACGAGUCACCUCGCCCGCAGGCGAGCAGCGGUCGACGUACUUUCUUCAACUACCCUAUCGAUACGCCAUUCCAUUAGUGUUUGUAUCCACGGUGCUGCACUGGCUGGUAUCCCAGAGCUUUUUCAUCGCGAAGAUUGUGGCACUCGAAGACGGCAAGGAGAAUGCGGAUAAUAGCACAGCGGUCUUUGGGUAUUCUGCUAUUGCGUUGGUGUUUGUAUUGGUGGCGGCAUGUGUCUUGGUUGUUGGAGUAUGUUCCAUAGGAGCGAGAACGUCCGGCUCUGGCACCCUUUUGGCAGGGGUUUGUAGUCUGGUGAUUAGUGCAAGGUGUCAUCCUUUACCUGAAGAAGGGGAUAUUUCUGCGAAGCCACUCCAAUGGGGUGUUGUUAAACAGUGA